AUCAGAACCCCGGCGGGACGGCAUCCCGAAAGCUACCUGGGGAGAUCUUCUAUGUAUGGACUGUACCUAAGGUAGAUGGUCAGAUAGCUGCCUGCCUACGUAGUGGCAGCCGGAAUGACUCGUUCAGGCUGUUUCUUGGUCAACAGAAUCGCAAUCAUUCUUCAACGGCAUAUAUGCGCCUAUCAGUGGUAAAAUGAUCUUGACAGCCUUCGCCGGCCCUGCUCAAUCAAUCCGCGCGGAAAGAUGACCUGCAGCACAGUCGACGGUGCCAUGAGCACGCGCUCCGACAAUGAUGGAUACUGGGUUGUAAUCUACUAUCCUCUGCUCAUCGUGCUGUUCGGCGUCCUCUGCCUGUCACAGAUGGAGAGUCUGAUAGAGACUCUACCACCAGUUCCAGCUUCGGCGGCUGCGUCAAGUCGGUCUAAGUCCUCGAAAGCCUGGAAGUUGCCCGCACCAGUGCCCUCGAAGGGCUCCCCGGUGUACACCGCAGAUACCAUGGAGCGUGCGGAUGAGGAGCCGGACCUGCGGUCAACUACCACAGAGAACAACACUGCAAAGAAUGAAGGCUCCUCGCCUACGACAGCCGCCCCAGACCUUCAUCAAACCGCUCUCGUCGAUACCCCCUCAAUUGCGGCACUCGAUCGGCAAAUCACCAUCGCCACGGUCUGGCAGCUCCUCCAAAUCUACCUGAUGCAGCGUAUGGGGUUGGUGGCGGCGCGAUUCAUCCGCGAAACGGGGGCACUCAAGGUUUUCGCGGUGCUUAUGCUUGGAUUCUGCACCUACCUGGUCAUUCUGUCUCUUGCGCGAUUGGAGCAAGCGUGGAACGCCGCUUAUGCGUUUCGUACGGUUGAAAGAGAAGAUCCGUCCUUGGAGAGGAAAUCAUAUUGGUUCAAGUUGAUGGGAAAUGUUGCGUUUGUUCUCCUUGCUGAUACCUUGGUACAGAGAGAUUCGUGCCUAGAGAGGGGGUUGCUCCGAGGGAGGCAUCAAGUCAGCGACGGUUUCAUUUUUCUCCAGGAACACUGAUCACUUUGCCUCGCCCGUCAGGGUACAAGGGCAAACGUGAUGCACCAAGGAUAACAACGAUGGGACGAUUACACAUGCCUUGAUAUCGGUCUCUUAUGAAUGGUUACGUGUAGAAUGCGAAGGGUCCAUUGUGAGCCAGGAAUGUUUGAAUAACAGCCGUUACUCUUUAUUUUCAGUCACCUCGAGCGUCGUCUCGUACUUCUCUAGAAACUUCUUGAACCCUUC